AUGGACGGCAAGGAAGUGGAUCGCGAGCGGCCGGAGCUGCACGACCCGCACGUGCCGCGGUUUCCGGUCAUCUACAAGGAGCCAACAUUCCAGCAGGUGCGCGACAACUUAAGCCAGGCAGAUCUCAUCCAGAGCGUGGCUCUGGGCGUGGUGUCGUUCCCGCUCGGUUACAUCGUAGCUCAUCAGUUGGACCGCAGUUUGGCACGCCCUGGAAUGUUGUUCACAGGCAUCAUUGGCACGCUGGGCGGCGCCAUGUUGGCAUAUCAGAAUUCGUCGCUGCGUCUACAGGGAUUCGGCCGCAACGACGAGGAGGUAGCACAUUAUCGGCUGGAAAAGAGAGGAUGAGUGGAUGUGCGAUCAAUAAAUGAGCAGGUCUGUUUGACGGGA